AUGGAUGUUGAGGUGCCCAAGCCUGGUCAAUGGCCCGUUGAUCCCCAGGAAGACGAAGAGAUCCGAAAAGAUCGCAUCUGGGUUGAUGGCUGCUUCGACUUCACUCAUCACGGUCAUGCUGGCGCACUGAGACAGGCCCGUCAACUAGGGACAGAGCUCUACAUUGGACUACACUCCGAUGAGGAAAUCUUGGAGAACAAAGGCCCGACGGUGAUGACCUUGGAUGAGCGAAUCGCUGCCUGCGAGGCGUGUCGAUGGACGACCAAAGUCAUUCCCCACGCUCCUUAUGUGACAGCCUUGCCUUGGAUUUCUCACUAUGGGUGUUGGUAUGUUGCUCACGGCGAUGACAUCACCUCUGAUGCCGGCGGCGAGGACUGUUAUCGUUUUGUCAAGGCGGCUGGCCGCUUUCUCGUCUUCAAAAGAACACCGGGCAUAUCUACCACCGACUUAGUCGGAAGGAUGCUCCUGUGUACCAAGACGCAUUUCAUCCGAUCCUUGACAGACGAACUCCAAGGCAAGGCUGAUGGUGUGCUUGACCCAGCAAAGGCUGUCGUUGGGGUCGAAAUGCUUGAGAGAAUCAAAGACUAUGCCAUGGACGAGACAGCCUCGAAGCCGGGUGCCGAAGUAUGGACUUGGGCCAGCGCCCGAUUUCACAAGCCCGGAGAGCAAGAAGCGGCCGACGCUGGGGUAUUCGAGAAGAUCGUGCCUGGUAAGGGUCCAAAACCCGGUCAACGUGUGGUAUAUGUGGAUGGCGGCUUUGAUCUCUUCUCCUCUGGUCAAAUCGAAUUCCUGAAGCGAGUCAACGAAGCAGAGAACUACGAAGCGUAUGUGGUCGCCGGUGUUCACAACGAUGAUGUGAUAAAUCACUGGAAAGGCCUCAACUAUCCCAUCAUGAACAUUUUCGAGCGAGGCCUCUGUGUCUUACAAUGCCGCUACAUCCACGCUGUGGUGUUCGGAGCUCCGUUCUCCCCUUCGAGGGCGUACUUGGAAGCGAUACCUGUGGGAAAGGUUGCUGCGGUAUAUCAUGGUCCGACCACGUUCAUGCCUUCGACGUUUGAUCCAUACGUUGAUGCAAAAGACAUGGGACUUUUCCGCCAAAUCGAAAAUCACCCCUACUCUCACGUCAAUGCCGCCGAGAUCGUCGGGCGCAUCAUGAAAGGCAGGCAGGCCUUUGAGGAUCGCCAGAGAAGAAAAGGCGAAAAAGCUGUUGGAGAAGAAGCUGUUCGACAGCGCGAGAUCCUCGAGCGGAAGCAGGCUGCUUUGGAGGCAGAAAGGCGAGCUGCGAUGGAGUGA